UACUGCUUGGCAAGCACCUGCUAAACUGGGAUGAAUGUAGUUACACUUUAAGUAGAUGUGGACCACCCAAAAGUCAAAGUUCUUAACAUUUGUGUUACUUUUGAAAGCUUCUUAAAAUGAUUUGGUCAGGUUUUGUCUCCUCUAUGCUCUGAAUUCAACACUGUAAAAGUUUUUGAAAGUUAAGGUACGUUAACUCGUAUUCCUCACCUGUUGCAGUCCCGGGCGCUAGCUCAGCCCAUCUGUAUAAUUUGGGAUGUCUAAUUGCUCUUUCACGAUAUUACAGAAGAGGAGUUCAGAGGAGAGCUGUUCCCCACUCAGCCACUGUGUAAUUUUAUCCACGCCGCAGUCUCUCACUUCACACAGGGCUGAUACCUUUUGCCUCCCCCUUUCCUUUGUAUCAAUUGGUCGGAGUUCAGCCUAUUGUCACCCCAAGCUUCUUUUAUAUCUGCGCUCAGUCUGAGCAGAGGAUCUCAGUCAGAGCCGCAGGAGGGAUUUCCAACAGCAGCAGCAGCAGCAGAGGCGAGGAGCGGAUCCCACCUCGGGGGCGGCUGUGCUGUCGGCGUCGUCUCUCGGGCUGGAUGUGCGCGAGACUGGAGUUCUCGAGCGUUGGGGGCCCGACACUUUAAUGGGACCCCGAGAGCCUGGAAGGAGUUCUCCGUUUUUUCGCCACAGUCGUCUCUCCACGGCCAUGCCACAAUGCUGAUGUUACCUCUGCUGGUGUUGCUGAGCCUGUUGGAUCCCGUUAGUCCCCGGGCCAGCUGCGCCACUGGGCAGGCUUGCGACCCCCGGCAGCGAAGGGACGCCGGGGGCCGCGGAGGAGUGUACGAACACCUUGGAGGAGCGCCGAGACGCAGGAAGCUCUACUGCGCUACUAAAUACCAUUUACAAAUCCACUCUAACGGGAAAAUAGAUGGAUCACUGGAAGAAAACAAUCCGUUUAGCAUCAUGGAGAUCACAGCAGUGGAUGUCGGUGUUGUGGCCAUAAAAGGGCUCUUCUCUGGCAGAUAUCUGGCCAUGAAUGAUAAAGGCCGACUAUAUGCCUCGGAAGUGUUCAACAGAGAGUGUGAGUUUGUGGAGCGGAUCCAUGAGUUGGGGUACAACACCUACGCAUCCCGCCACCAUUCCACAGAACAGCCGUUGCCUCAAGGUGGCAGCAGCAGCAAGCGGAGAGCCAGUGCCAAGCGCCAGUGGUACGUUUCCAUUAAUGGCAAAGGGCGGCCACGGCGAGGCUUUAAAACCCGAAGUACGGACAAAGCCUCACUUUUCCUGCCUCGAGUGCUGGGCAACAAGGACCAUGAGAUGGUGAGGCGGCUUAGAGACAGUCAGAGUGCACACCACCACAUGCAUCACCACGACAGCCGCCGUGAACGCCGGAGACGCCGGCAUCGUGCCAGGAAAGGCCGGGACCAACGGCCAGAUGACUGAGGAGACUUUAAGAGGGGGAGUUGACCCUGUGGCCCUAUGACUAAUCCUAACAUGGACCCCUGAUCUCAGUACAUACUGUAGCUUAAUUGCAAUGGAUGACUUGGAAAAAAAACAUCUUGGAUUCUGCCUUCUGGAUUAGUGGAAAUUUUUGUCAUUGAUGCAAAGGGGAAAAAAAUCCAUAGAAGGAAAGAUAGACAGAGGGCCACAUACAUCAAGACACACACAUACACACACACACACACACACACACACACACAAAGCUGUAUAAUCUUUUAUUUACUGACGUCUGACUUUUCAAAAAUGCUACUGUCUCGUAAACAAAUAAUGAUGUAGUUGAAAAGUUCAAUCCUUUUUUGUAAAAACUUCCAUGUUUGUCUUGUUAUCAUCGACUUAACACGGAGCAGAAAACCUUUGAAAGUGGUUCUAUUCUUGUAAAUACAGGAUGCACUAUGCAUGUACAGUGACUCCACAGCUUUUCAUUUGUCUAAAGCUGGAAUGACAAAAACAAUAUGAUAUUUUGAAGUGCUAACAAACAUGACAGAUAUCAAAGAGAGGACUUUACACAGCCAAGCACUUUGUCAGAUUCACAUUUACAAGCAAAGAGACGCUCGGUGAGAGGCGGGAUCCUGUUUAUAUUUUUGUGAUAUUCAUACAAUGUGAUAGUCUACUGUAAACUCAAAGAUGUACUUUGUAUAUUGUACUAAUGAUAUGAAUAUUUAUUUGGUGCCUGUGUUGUAAGUUAUUGAUAAGACUAUUUCUGCAUUUUCCCGAUGUUACUGUUUGUUUUCACUCACCACCUGGUUUCAACAUAAAACACAAUGGUACUGACC